AUGGUGGAUGAAAAGACCUCCCCGCAGCACAAGGAAGAUAUAACAGAAGAAGGCGCACGCGAGGCAGCUGGCCGUGGUCAUGCUGCAACUGACCAGUACGGUCGAGCGCUCGUUGAAUUCGAUCGUGCCGCGGAAUCACGCCUGCGUCUGAAGAUUGACCUAUACAUUGUGCCCACCGUGGCAAUCUUGUAUCUUUUUUGCUUCAUUGAUCGGGCAAAUAUCGGAAACGCGAAACUCGCCGGAAUCGAGGAUGACCUGGGUCUCAAAGGCAACGAUUAUAACGCCUUGCUAUCCAUAUUCUACAUCUCGUACAUUAUCCUCGAGAUUCCAUCAAAUAUGGCAUGCAAAUGGAUGGGGCCUGGCUGGUUCCUUCCAUCAAUCGCGCUCGGGUUUGGCAUCUGUUCUGUCGCCAUGGGCUUUGUUAAUGAUAUCCAAAGCGCUUCUGGUGUUCGCUUUCUUUUAGGUGCGUUCGAAUCCGGCAUGAUGCCUGGGAUUGCAUACUACAUGUCUAGAUGGUAUCGGCGCAGUGAGCUAGCCUUCCGUCUGGCACUCUACAUUGUCAUGGCACCGCUGGCAGGUGCAUUUGGUGGCCUAUUAGCAUCAGGGAUCCUCACCCUCGACCAUUUCGGAAGUGUGCGCACUUGGCGCAUGAUAUUUGUAAUCGAAGGAAUCAUCACGAUUGGUCUCGCCCUAAUCGCCUUCGUUUCACUGACCGAUCGUCCUGAAACUGCACGGUGGCUAUCACAGGAAGAGAAGGAUCUGGCCGUUGCUCGCGUGAAGUCAGAGCGUGUAGGCACCACCGAGGUGUUGGACAAGAUUGACCUGACAAAGACCCUCCGAGGGAUCUUCAGUCCAGUAACGCUGACAACCUCCUUCAUGUUCCUCCUCAACAACAUCACAGUCCAGGGACUCGCGUUCUUUGCUCCGACAAUCGUCAAAACCAUCUACCCUGAAAGCAGUGUCAUAACCCAGCAACUGCAAACAGUACCACCAUACAUCGUUGGCGCCUUUUUCACUCUCCUAUUCCCCUUCCUUAGCUGGCGCAUCGAUCGCCGUUUGAUUUUCUUCGCCAUCGGAGCUCCGCUCAUGAUAGCCGGCUACAUCAUGUUCCUCGCCAGUACAUCUCCACGCGUGCGGUACGGCGCCACCUUCCUCAUCGCCAGCGGAGCAUUCUCCUUCGGCGCAUUCUGCAACGCCCACUCAGCCAACAAUGUCGUCUCCGACACGGCGCGAUCCUCCGCCAUCGCAACGACGGUCAUGCUAGGAAACGUCGGCGGACUCAUUUCCACGUGGUCGUUCUUGAAAUUCGACGCUCCUAAUUAUCACAUUGGUAACGGAUUGAACCUCGCCACGGCGACGUGCACCAUGAUCCUUGGCAUGUGUCUGUUGGCGUGGCAGACGUGGGAUAACAAGAGACGGGAGAAAAUUGAUAUUGAUAGUGCUUUGGCUGGAAUGUCGCAAAAGCAGAUCCAGGACCUUGAUUGGCGAAACCCUGCUUUCCGAUGGCGGCCGUAG